CACGGAGUGGUACGACCGACUGCGAAUGCUGUCUGCAGCCGUUUGGUCGGACGCUUUACCUGCUCAAGCACCGUCCACCUGGCAUGUAGCUCAUGCGCACAGAUAAUGUCAAGGUUGCAUACGUACUGUAGCCAUGUUGUUCCGUAUACCCGCGACGCUGCAGCCCUACCGGACUUCGCGUCAUCCUUCCAUACGUGGACGACGUCAGCUUCCGUCAUCCGUUCCUCGCCCCCAUUCCAUAUAAAUACUGCCUCUUCGCCUCUCUCCUUCCCUCGUGCCCCUCAAACCAUGUCUCUUUCUCAACCGCCUUCGGAUGAUUACUUCCAGUUCUACAGCGACGAUCCGGUGCUGCUAGAAGCAGCGGAGCAGUUCGAUCCUUCGGGCAAGACAUCGGGCGCCCCAACCUCGCCAGCAUUGGCCGCUAGCGACCCCGAUGUCAAACCAAGCUCGCCGGAUCCAUCUCCAACUCCUCGGCCCGGUACGAUCGGUGGGUCUCCCCGUUCCAAAGACGCAGCAAGCGGCGCCCGCGACAAGAUCGCCCCAAUUGACGCCACGGACGUCGUUGCUCAACCCCGGUCCCCCGGCGGCGGAGGGCUUGUCAGCAAGAGUCCCAAAGCGGCCGACGAGGGUGUGGAAGAUGACACGACCACGCCCACUGAGUGGGACAUCACGCCGGCGAAGGCUCUCCCGUUUGAAGACGCAGUCUUGUCGCAUGGUUUGCGACCUGUCACUCUCGAGGCUCUGUCCCGCGCUCAAAUCUUCGGGGAAUCGUUGGAAGGGCCUACUUGGUGGCUGGAUGGCGAACUGUUUGACAAGUUCGUUCUUGUCGUCAGAGUCAAACGCUGGGCUUACGCCGACGGCUCCAUCCACGCGGUCAUCGUGGACGACACCCGUCUCUUCCGUGCGAUGUGGGAUGACGACAGUUCCCUCCCAGCGUUGACUGACCCAGUUCCGAAGGUCGGCGAUCUGGUGAUGCUCACCGCGCGUAUCGGUUUCGGUCCACCCGGCGCCGGUUAUCCCUACGCUUCGCAUUACACCGCCCAGCAUUUCCUUCAUGUCGUCAUGCUCUCCGUCCACAUUCUUGCCCCCAGAUCCGAUGUCGCUCGUAUUACCGCCGACCUUCAAGCGUACGAACAUAUCACCGGCGUGUUUGACAUAUCCAACGCUUGCGCCGCAGAGACGAAGCGUCUCGACGUCAUCGAAGCAUUUCAAAUGCUCGAUGAUGACAUGCACAAAGCUGUCCCCGACCAUACCUCCUCUGUCGGCCGGGACAUCCAGCGGGCUGUUCACCGCGCGCCGCCCUCCGGCGCAUGCAAGAUUGCCGUCAAUAUUUCUCUCUUUCACCGGCUGACCUCUCGCAGCCAGCACGCCGUACGCCUUAACCAGAUUGUCGCGGACAUUGGGCCUCCCUUAACACGAGCGGCUCUAUUCGAUCCCGCCGCUAUCAACAAAGCCAUCCAGGGCUUGCUUACGCGCGAAGUGCUGUUCCAGUUCGACACCUACCACUCCGUCUCCUUUCGCCUCGCCAACCCGCAUUCGAUCUUCCGGGCAGCCCCUGGACGCCCGUCGCGCUCCGACCUCCAUUUCAGCAGUAGCUCGCCGAAGUCACAGGGGGGUUCGUAGAUGCCCGGGAGUAUACAGUAGAACGUUCCUUCUGUACCUCGUAAACGACUUCUCUGUCACGGGCUGACCGGUCGUCGAAAGUUCUCGUCUGGAUUCGCUCGAAAUGGAAAUGGCGGUUUGUGGCGCUUCCUUGCCCCAGACUUAGGGUUCAGUCUUCCUCUCAAUGAUCUGCGCAUGGUCGCCGUCUCCUUCCUCCCUCGGUCCCUGUCAUCCUCCGU